AUGAUUAAGAGGGCUUUAAAACUACGUCACGCAAUCGAUCUAUUUUUCCUCAACUACAAGCACCAGGGCGAUAGAUAUGACAUCUCCCGGGAUCUUCUUACCCCACAGGACUGGGUAGACCUGGACCACUUCCUUGGCAUUUUAAAACCCUUUAAGGACCUAACCAAACGCAUAGAGGAUAGGGCGGAUCAGGCAGGCCUAGAAGGAUCACAUAGUUCCCUGUAUGAGACUCUCAAGUCGCUCAAUGUUCUUUUCAAGAAGCUCCAGGAAGCUGGUAAAUUUACAGACAAACACCCAGGGGUGGUAUCGAUAUACUAUUCCCAUACUAUUAACGCCGCUCGGGUUAAACUCGAAGAGUAUUUUAGCCUCACAGAUGCUACGCCCGCAUACCGAUGCGCAGUUGCGCUUCAUCCCGCCAACAAGUUUGCUUACUUUAAGCUUGAAUGGAGCCACAAUAAGCAGUGGAUCAGCGAGGCAAAGAGAGUGGUGCGCGAGGUGUACGCGGAAUACAAGGCAGCCGCGGCCGAAGCAGACUCAGACACGUCAGGCGAGAGGCAAGACGAGGAGCUGGAGGAUAGCGUGAGUUGCGAAGCGAUUGCCGAGACCCUUAAUCCGCUGGAAGAAGCCCGCAAGCGUCGUCGGAGGCUAGCCGCUUCGGCAACAUCAGGAACGAGGGGGAGAAAGCGCGCAAAGCUGACCUCCGAGCUAGAUGAAUUUAUAGCCAGGACAAACAAGGCGGAUCUAGAGGUUGAGAAUCCGCUGGACUGGUGGAUCCGCCAUGCGACAGACUACCCCGUAUUGUCGCAAAUGGCACUGGACUUUUUCAGCUGCCCAGCAAUGAGUGCGGAGUGUGAGCGCGUUUUCUCGCAGACGAAAAGGAUUAUCACCGAUGAGCGGAACCACGUUGGUUCGGAUACAGUAGCAGCCAUUGCAUGCCAAAAGCAUCUGCUUCGAUCCGUCGACCUCGUCCAGGCUCAAGCUGCCUGCCACUGGAAUGAGUACAACAUACCGUUAAAGAUCUUCCCAAAGAGUCCAAAAGACGACAGAGAAUGUCUUAAUGAAUUCCAUUUCGCAAAGCGUUGGUGGUAA